AUGGGACAGUCUUUCUGGACGCGCGGUCCAUCUCUCUCCACAAACUUCACAGCGAACGACUUUCCAAGUCUACAGCUCAGAGCAGACGCAGAACAUAAAUACGCACACGUAUUACAAGCUACUAUCGAGCUCACUCAACUGCUUCACAACGUGCACGACACGUUAUACGCAUCCAAAGAGCGAAGAGCCCAGAUGGUCCGACGAGGAGAUUAUAAUCGCUAUCUGGACGAUUUCCGACACUCUAUCUCGGCGUGGGAAGGACGUUGGGAUAGUCUCGAGGCAUCUCCAAAGCUGAAUUGCACAAUGCACAUAUUCAAGGAAUAUGUCCGUUUGUAUGCUAGUGCUUUCUCUUUCCAGUCGCUUCUUUCCAGGGCUGUGCAGCCCAGUCGAGGAGAACCAGGUCCGGCAGCAUCGGGGCGGAAGGGCGCCAUCUCACUGUUCCCGCGGGGUAUCAUGUCGGCUGCAGAGGGCUCAUAUAUUCUCGAGUCGGUAGAUGCCGCUCGGAAGAUUCUGGCAAUAGCUGUCCAGACGAGCUCUGAAGCACAGAUUCGCUAUAUGCCGUUCCGAUUUUACGUGUACGCUUCACGAUAUACCGUCUACUCUGCUGUAUUUCUAUACAAAGCAGACGUCUUUGGUGCCCUAGUGAGUACGGAGUAUGCCGAAAUCGCCCACUUAGUGCAGCAAUUUAUCCAAGCACUCGAAGAAGCUGCUAUUAGUGAUUGCCAUAUUGCUAGUCGUUUUGCAAGUUUGCUAAAGCGUAUGUGGGUUUCCGGCAGGCAGUGCUAUUCUUCGGGGGGUACUGUAUCCUCCGACGCUUUAAACAACAUCAAUCGGCUCCGACAGCCAACACAGCAUAUCGAACUUCCCCAGAAUUUCGAUGUGGUCGAUGAGCAGAGCUGUCGUAAUGCGGCUUUUGAUAUACAGCUUUCUGAACCCUUCUUCAUUCCCACACCGGACUUUAGUUUAUUCUGUCCGGAAUUCUCAAGUUUGGAGUCGGAACUGGUUGAACUUGGCGUGGGCUCUCUGAGUUACCCAGUAUAA